GACGAGCCGUACGAGUUGAAGAGCCAGCCCACCGGCCUCUGCCUGAUCAUAAACAACGAAACGUUUCCUGGUGAUGGUAAACAGAUACCUGAAAACGUGAGACAUGGAACCGAUAAAGAUGCUGGAAGAUUAGGAGAGGUGUUCAGCUGGCUGGGGUUCAGAGUGCUGAUGUGUAAAGACCAAACCAAGGACCAGAUGGAGCGAGCGCUGGAAUGCUUUGCUUCUCAGUGCGGACCUUUCUCAGCUGCAGGAGGUCAAGGUCCAGGAGUGGACUGGCAGCGGAUUCACCGAUCUUCGAGAGGCUCCUCGGCAUGGCGAUGCCUUCAUCUGCUGUGUUCUCAGUCACGGAAGCAAGGGUGUCGUAUUGGGGGUUGAUAGGCAGCCCCUCCCUAUCGAAG